AUGACUGCGCCAGAGGUGGCGGAAUGGGUGGACGAGGUCGAGUCGGCCUAUGGGGCGGCGGCCGCAGCAGAGUCAGCUGCCUAUUACGCAUGGGCCACAGACAUCACCGAUGAUCACCUGGCCACUGCUCUGGCUUCCAGCAAUGUCACUUCGUCCAUCGUGGCAGACGCCGUUGUCCGUAUUCGCUCUGAGAAGCUCAUCGACAUCGACGGCCUCCUGCCGCAGGUGGCAAGGAAGCUCGAGCUGCUUGUCUCGCGCCAGACUAUUCCGCCAGGCGCCCAUGCCGCCGACAUCGCAGAGACUGUGGCUGACAUGGAGUCGUUCUAUGCUACAAAGCGCGCAUGCAUCGACGAUGCCUGCCUUCCGCUUGCAGCUGCAGACGACAUCAUCCGCGAUCCCGCCGCCUCGUGGGAGCGCAAGGCCGCAGUGUGGUCCGCCUGGCGCGCCGGCUUUGGUGCCCUCCGCACGCCGUAUGAGGAACUGGUCGAGAGCUCCAAUGCCGGUGCGCGCGAUCUUGGCUUUGCCGACACCGGCGCCAUGUGGCGGUCCGCGUUUGACAUGGACUCCGCCGAGUUUGCGGCUGUCGCCGAGCGGUUGUGGACCGAGGUCCAGCCGCUCUACACCGCCCUCCACUGCUACGUCCGCCGCGAGCUGGCGGCAGCCCCCGUCUAUGCCGACCACGCUCACGAUCCGGCCUGGGCUGGCGGCGCGCUCCCGGCCCACCUCCUCGGCAACAUGUGGGCCCAGGACUGGUCGCACAUCUACAGCCUCGUCGAGCCGUAUCCCGGUGCCGGCAACGUCGAGCUCGAUGCCGGGCUCCGCGCCACAGGUUGGGACGCUACCGCCAUGGUCCGCGAGGGCGUGGCCUUUUUUGAGCGCCUAGGCCUCGCCGGGCCGGGCCCGGACUUUUACGCUGACUCGCUGCUGGUCCAGCCGUCCAACGGCCGCGACGUCGUCUGCCACGCGUCGGCGUGGGAUCUCGGCGGUGGCGACGUCCGCCUCAAGGCCUGCUUCAAGGUCGAUGGCGAGGACUUUUUCGUCGUUCACCACGAGCUUGGCCACAUCUUCUACUACCUCGGCUACGCCGGCCAGUCGGCGCUCUUCCGCGAGGGCGCCAACAACGGGUUCCACGAGGCCAUCGGCGACACCAUCGUCCUCUCGCUCACCCCAGCCUACCUCCGCAAGGCCGGUCUCCUCCCGCCGUCGCCGCCACCGCCAGCUGAUCUUGCCUCUAACGCUGCCGCCGUCAACGCGCUGCUCAAGGUCGCGCUCGAGCGCGUCGCCUUUAUCCCCUUUGGCUUUGUUGUCGACAAGUUCCGCUGGGCCGUCUUUGACGGCUCGGUCCGCCCCGACAAGUGGAACAGCCACUGGUGGGCGCUCCGUCGCAAGUACCAAGGCGUAGCGCCACCGACAAGUCGCUCCGCGGACGACUUUGACGCCGCCGCCAAGUAUCACGUCCCGGCAAACGUUCCCUACAUCCGCUACCUCCUCGCCUUUGUCCUCCAGUUCCAGUUCCACGACGCGCUCUGCACCGCUGCCGGCCACACCGGCCCGCUCCACGAGUGCACCAUCGACGGCUCCGAGGCCGCAGGCGCCGCGCUCUCCAAGAUGCUCGCCGCCGGCGCCUCGCAGCCGUGGCAGGACACGCUGCGUGAGCUGACCGGCGAGCCUAUCAUGUCUGCCGACGCCCUCCUCGAGUUUUUCGCCCCGCUCCGGGUCUUUCUCGACGACGCCAACGCCGCCGCUGGUGCGACCUGCGGAUGGACCGAGUCGCCACCGGCACCGAGCCCGCCACCGGUCCCGUCUGCUGGUACCCACCCGCGCCAGAAUGGCACCACCGUUGUGAUCAUGCUCAUCGUCCUCCUCUUUGUCGCCGCACUUGCCCUCGCCGUCGCUGGCGGCCUCUGGUGGCAGCGGCGCUCAGCCCACUACCACCGUCUCUCCAAGCACACCGCCAUCGUCCUCGACGACUUUGUCGCCGGCUCCAACGACGACGACAUCGAUGCCGUCUUUGGCUCGUCGUCAACCUGGGAGAGCGACGAUGGCCUCCAGCUUGCCGGUGUGGCACCCCGUCCGGAGCUUGCCCUUGGUACCUUUGUCCGCGUCGACCAACGUGUCGGUCGUGUCCGCUACCUGGGACGCACACGCUUUGCUGACGGCUUCUGGGUCGGCAUUGAGCUUGUUGAGCCAUGCUCUGAUCUGGGCAUUCUGAUGGCCCGCGCGACUGAGCCUUAUGAUGGUACCUGCACAUUGGAGUACCAAGCGUGCAAUCAGGAUGGUACAGGCUGUGUCGCUGUUGUCAUCGACAUUUCAACUUUUUCGCCCAACUUGCACAACUCGUGGUCGCUCUCCUCGUCAGGUACCUCGGUCUGGGGCCUGUGCAUCAUCGGCACUGCUGUCAAGAGGGUCAAAUGCGAUGUGCCUGUGUCGGGAUGCACCAUGAUCGAUAUCAUUGCCGAUGGCACUCUCCUCUCCAACCUUGGCGAAGUUAUGGGCAUCACCCACAACAACGUGCAGUACCUUGUCCUGAACCAUGACGGCAACUGCGAGUAUCUCUCCGUCGAUGAGGCCGACUCGCUCAGUGGCCCACACUCGUGCUCUGCUGACGUCUCGGACAUGUUCAACGUCGCAGCCGAUGCAUCGGGCCUGCGCAUCUUGACAACGUCCAGUGAGUCUGUCAUACACACGCUAUGUGAGUUUGACGGAUCGGAGUGCAACACCAUCACGCUGUUCGAGUCGCCGUCGUAUGCGUACUCGCGGCCAACCGCCGUCACCACACCCACACAGCUCUUUGUGGGGAUCUCAAAUGCCGAUGAGACACUUCUCGAUCUUGCCGCUUGCUCCCUCGACGGAUCUGGAUGCGUGCUCAAGGCCGCUGCCCUCCCGGGCGAAGUCGCCUAUCUAGAUGUGUUCACCUCUGACUGGCUCGUCGUCGCCUACAAGGACGUCAACCCUGCAACUAGCGAUGGCCACGUGGCCAUUGGCAUCUGCGAGCUCGAUCUCGGUACCUGUAGCCCUAUCUACAUCCGGGCCUCAGAUGGCUCUGACAUUGUUGGCCAGUUCUUCGCCGCCUCGUCGGUCACAAUGGCUGUCGGCACUGACAAUGAGCUGAUCUUUGUGUCACUUCCACUGCUGCCAUGCACGUCUGGCUUCCGACUUGAUGCUUCCACCAAUGCCUGCAUUCUAUGCUCGGGCAACACCAUUUCAACCGGCGGCGUUUGCGCGCCCUGCUCGCCAGGUACCAUCGCCUCUGCUGCCGCCACUGUCUGCGACGACUGCUCGCCCGGCACCUAUUGCCCGCUUGGCACCACAACGCCCCUACCAUGCGAUGCUGGUUACAUCUCGGCCACUGCUGCUGCCAACUGCACAGCCUGCCCGCCCGGUACCGUCUCGAACGAGGGGCAUACUGUCUGCGACAGCUGCGCCUCGGCCGCGCUCUGCCCCGCAUCGGGCCUCGCCACGCCGUACCCGCCAGUCGUCGCCAUGGCCCGGGUCUCGUACGCGCGCGCCCACUGGUUUCCCCAGUCGCGAUUCGCCGACAACAACAAGGUCUACCGGGCUUUCGUCUUUGGUGGUCUGGCCUUUGCCUGCUCCACCCUUGUUCUCUGUGGCCUGGUUGCCAUUGUCGCCUGGCGCGCCUCACCCGUGACCAGAGCGCAGCUCUGGGACCGGAUCGACCUUCUUGUCUCUCGCACCGACACCAUGCCGGGCUCCCGCACCCUCCGCGCCCGCAAAACUUGUCUCGGCGCAGCCAUGACCGUCCUCCUCAUCUGCGCCACCAUCGUUGCUGUCGCCAUCUUCUUCGUCCAGUUCCAGUACGAUAACGCGACAGUCACUCGCGCACAGGGCUUCGGCGCCGUUCCGCCUGGCCACAUCACUGAUGACACCUUUCACACAGCCAUCCGCGCCUCGCUCGACUUUGUGCGGACCGACACCGGCUCGAACUGGUGUGUCGCUCCAGACGGAUCGUGCGGCUCCGGCGUCACCAUCUCCACCUCGGGCUGGAACUCAGCCAUGACCUCCACCUCAACCUGCGAGCUCGUCGGCCUGCAGACCUGUCGGGUAGUGUGGGAGUGCACUUCCGGGUGCGACAUGACCCUCUCGCCCACCACCACCAUCGACUAUGCCGGACGGAUCUACUCGGGCGUGACCCUCAAGCUCGAGGCUGCCACUCUCGGCAGUAGCUACGGUGACCCGGGCGCUUCUGGCGAAGCCGGGCUCACCGUAGCCGCGCCAGACUCGCACGUCUACUACGCGACGUCGGCGUCGGAUCCAGCAACGCUUCGGAUCAGAGCGACUACGUACCAGCACGUCACCUACGAGCGUGAUGCCAAGGUGACGACGACCGGGUACGCGUUCCAGACCCAGGUCAUAGCACGGCCGACGUCCGGCUCGCUGGCGUCGGUCCCUGUGCCGGCGCACCCGUCACCGCCGGUUGUCCUCGAGUUUCUCGUCGGGCUGCAGACCUGUCGGGUAGUGUGGGAGUGCACUUCCGGGUGCGACAUGACCCUCUCGCCCACCACCACCAUCGACUAUGCCGGACGGAUCUACUCGGGCGUGACCCUCAAGCUCGAGGCUGCCACUCUCGGCAGUAGCUACGGUGACCCGGGCGCUUCUGGCGAAGCCGGGCUCACCGUAGCCGCGCCAGACUCGCACGUCUACUACGCGACGUCGGCGUCGGAUCCAGCAACGCUUCGGAUCAGAGCGACUACGUACCAGCACGUCACCUACGAGCGUGAUGCCAAGGUGACGACGACCGGGUACGCGUUCCAGACCCAGGUCAUAGCACGGCCGACGUCCGGCUCGCUGGCGUCGGUCCCUGUGCCGGCGCACCCGUCACCGCCGGUUGUCCUCGAGUUUGUCAAGUCGUCCGACCACGAGUUGACCACCGUCGAGCGGCGGAUGUCGACGCUCGACUUUGUGGCCGGCCUGGGUGGUCUGGUCUCAGUCAUCCUCUCCGUCGGCGGCGUUGCCCUCGCCACCGUCGAACUCGCCGUUCACUGCGGGCCGCUACAUGGCGCCAACUCGAAAGACUUGGUGACCACCGUCGCCUACCCGGCCGCCGGCCCGAACUACUUCUCGGCCAGCAUCGCCGUUGCCGCCCUCUCACCCACCCGCAUGGCUCUGGUGGGCUUUGACUCUGCGGCUGGUCUCACCACUUUGGACUGUGCUACCGAUGGCUCUGGUUGCUCAACUUAUGUGGUCGAUGACACCAUUGUCGAGGCGCCCACCGCCAUCAAAGGCUGGGGCUUCAACUCGCCCGCCGACAAGCUCGCCACCAUCCUCGCCGACAAGAACGGUAUUCUGCUGGUGGUCUGUGACGCGAGCAACAUCUCUGCCUGCUCGGUCACGUCGCUCGGUGUUGCUCCGGAUGACUUUCCUCAAACCGCAGGAGGCAUGGUCGCUGAUCGCUGGUUCAUGGCCUACAAGUCUGGCGGCAAGUGCACGUUUCUUUCGGUCGACGUCGCUGCUGUAGUGGAUGGCCCACACGACUGUGCCGCUGCCGUGACUGGCGACCACUACUCGGCGGUGGUCGAUGCCUCCCGUAUUCGCAUCGCCAACGUGGUUGGUACGCACAUCGAGGUUGGCGUGUGUGAGCAUGACGGCAAGUCGUGCGCUACUGCCACCGUCCUCGCUGCUCCGUCAGCCCUAGCCGCAUCCGCCAUCGCCACCUCUGCUACCGCAUUGUAUGCGGCAGGCUCGACAGACUCUGUCGGACACCUUGCCAAGUGCGCGCUCGACGGCACCGGCUGCGUCACCGCCAUGAAUGCAGUCCCAGGCAAGAUCCUGGACAUGGUAGUCCACUCCUCGGGCUGGCUACUCAUCACCUUCCACAGCAUGCCGCCGCCUUCCAGCGAUACCUACGCUUCGAUGGCUGCUUGCGAUUUGGAUCUGGUCUCCUGUCGCGUUGUCUACACGAGCCCUGAUCGUGCCCGGAACGCGAUCGGACUAGUCGUCUACCCCGGCGCCCUUGUCCAGCUUGCUUUCGACACCACCUUGUAUGCCAACACGCUGGUGCUGCCGCCAUGCCCACUGGACCACAAACUGGAGCCGGAGACAAAUGCAUGUGCGCCAUGCCCAAGCCACGCCAUCUCCACCGGCCUCAUUUGCCAACCUUGCGCGGCCGGCUCGUUGCCCGGCGCAACGCCGGCCACCUGUGCACCGUGCCCUUCGGGCUCGUACUGCCCUUCCGGUGCGACUGCGGCAACACCUUGUGCUGCUGGCUAUGUCUCGGCCACUGGCGCUGCCAACUGCACCGCCUGCCCGCCCGGCACCAUCUCGAACGCGGACCACACUACUUGUGAGAGCUGCGCCUCGGCCGCGCUCUGCCCGGCCUCAGGCCUCGCGGCGCCGUACCCGCCCGAGGUGCCGCUGGACCGGACUUCGUACUUGCGCACCCAUCGCUUCCCGCAGUCGCGAUUUUCAGACUCGGACAAGGUGUUUGAGGCUGGAAAGCUUGGUCUGCUUGCCUUUGCCUGCGCCACCGUUUUGCUCUGUGGUCUAGUUGGAUGUGUGGCCUUGCGAGCGUCGCCAGAGCUCAAGUCUCACAUCUGGGCGCGGCUCGACAUCCUUGUCCGACGCAAUGAUUCCGAGCCUGCUACGGGUGUUCUUCAUGAGCGCAAGAGCUGUACAGGUGCAGCAAUGACCGUCUUGCUCGUCUGUGGCUGCAGCGUUGCUGUCGCCAUCUUCUUCAUUCAGUUCCAGUACGAUAACGCGACAGUCACUCGCUCGCAGGGCUUUGAUCCCGUCCCGUCCGGCCUCGUCAGCGAUACCACUUUCCGCACCGCCAUCCGCGCCUCGCUCGACUUUGUGCGGACCGACACCGGCUCGAACUGGUGUGUCGCUCCAGACGGAUCGUGCGGCUCGGGCGUCACCAUCUCCACCUCGGGCUGGAACUCGGCCAUGACCUCCACCUCAACCUGCGAGCUCGUCGGCCUGCAGACCUGUCGGGUAGUGUGGGAGUGCACUUCCGGGUGCGACAUGACCCUCUCGCCCACCACCACCAUCGACUAUGCCGGACGGAUCUACUCGGGCGUGACCCUCAAGCUCGAGGCUGCCACUCUCGGCAGUAGCUACGGCGACCCAGGCGCUUCUGGCGAAGCCGGGCUCACUGUGGCCGCGCCAGACUCGCACGUCUACUACGCGACGUCGGCGUCGGAUCCAGCAACGCUUCGGAUCAGAGCGACUACGUACCAGCACGUCACCUACGAGCGUGAUGCCAAGGUGACGACGACCGGGUACGCGUUCCAGACCCAGGUCAUAGCACGGCCGACGUCCGGCUCGCUGGCGUCGGUCCCUGUGCCGGCGCACCCGUCACCACCGGUUGUCCUCCAGUUUUUCAAGUCGAACUUUCACGAGUUGACCACCGUCGAGCGGCGGAUGUCGACGCUCGACUUUGUGGCCGGCCUGGCCACCCUCGCCCUCGCCCUCACCCUCAUCCUCGCCCUCGCCCCUGCCCACGCCCACGCCCUCUUUGCCCGCGACCUCACCGGCCUCCUCUCGCCUCCCGACGCCAUACAUGUGCUCCUUGCCGCUGGCAUCCACCCGGACGAUGCGGCGGCACUCGUCGAAGCGCUCCCUGUCGACGGCGCGAGCUACGCUCAGUUUGAAGCUACGCUCAUGGCGGCUGCCUCGCACCUUGGUUUGGACCCCAUCGAGGCCGCCAUAGCCGCUGCCGUCACCGAUACGCCUGCCCCGCCCCACGCUGAUCACUACGACCACAUCCACCCGCCGCCCACCGCUACCCCAUCGCCGCCGCCUCUCCGGUCCGCUCCUCCGCUCGAUCAGCCCUCGCCUGCUCCGUCUCGCUCGCUCUCUACCCGCCCGCUGGCCAUGGCUGCCGUUGCUGUCUUCCUCCUUCAUCGCGGCUUUGCCAAUGCGCUCCGUCGGCAGGACAUCACGCAUCCGUCGGCGCUGGUGUUCUUUGCCACCGGUGCCCUCCUUGCCGCCCUCGCUGCGCAUGCCCUCCUCGGCACCGCCAUGUUCGGCGUGCUCGCUACUGCACUUGCCGCUGCUGCUGGCUACGCCACACUGCAUGCCGCCGACUUUAUCCGCCUCUCCCGCUGA